AUGAGACAAUUCCAGUCGUUCAGUACUACCGCUCAAACGUCGCUUGCAAGUCAGCAACACAAGCAACAAUCUGCCAAUGACAUUUACGCCGAGCCUGAGAACUUUUUAGAAAUAGAAGUGGUUAACCCCAAGACACAUUUCCCAGAACAAGACAACAAAGGAAUGUUUACAGAUUACGAGGUAAUCUGCCGCACAAAUCUGCCCUCUUUUAACAAACGUAGCAGCAGUACACGCAGAAGAUAUUCGGAUUUCGAACUCUUCCGAAAAUUUUUGAUUAAGGAAGUCUCUUUCUCUAACCACCCUAAGGUCAUCAUACCUCAUUUACCGGGGAAAAUACUACUCGGCAACCGAUUUAACGACGAUGUCAUUGAGGAACGGCGCCAAGGGCUCAAUAAAUGGCUAAAUAGUGUGGCAGGACAUCCACUUUUGCAAAGUGGUUCCAAAGUUCUGGUCAGGUUUAUCGAAGACGAACAUUUUUCCGGAUGA